AUGUUAAAUGUUAAUAUUGAUUUCUAUUAUUGUGAUCCUCAACCAGAAGACGUGGACAUAAAUAAGGUAGACUUUCCAUUAGUGGAAUCAAUAAUGAUAGAUCCAGAAUUUGAAACAGUAAAUAUUUUAUUAACACAGAGUCCAUGUGGAAAACUUCACGCUGACAGAAUAACAGACGUUGAAGCACUCACCGGCUAUAAAGUUUGUCCAUAUUGUAAAGAAGAAGUUUAUUCUAUCCGUGAUGAUCCAGAAAGGAAAAACCAAAGAAGAUUUUUAAAGCAUUGUGAGAAAUGUAAAGAAAAUAAUGGAAGAUUAAUUCAAGACGUUCAGUUGCAAAAGACACAGCAACCAUAUGCACCACAUAUUACGAAACAGAAGAUAUAUCAGUGGUUAUUAGCUCAUAAUUUGCAGGAAUAUUAUCAACCGACAAGAUAUUAUAUUACUUUUGACUUCGAAACAUUAGAGACUAAAGAAGAAUUACAACUUUCUGAGUGUGCAACUUUGAACGCUUACUUAAAACCAUUCAUGGUAUCAUCAACGGUUAAAUUAAAUGAUAAAACAUAUACGAGGAAUUUUUGCUUAACUUCGAGUGAUUCUUUUAUUUCUGAUUGGAUUGAGUUUUUAUUUUCAACCUGUUCAUUAGUUGCUAAAUCAAAUAUUGAACAAUAUGAAGAAUUAAUGAAGUCGCAAACAUUAAAUGAAAAACAAAAGGAAGCAUUUAAAGAACUUCUAGAUGAGGAAUUCAAUAAAGUGAAUAUCAUAGGUUUUAAUUCGGGAAAGUUUGAUUUAAAUUUAAUUCUUCGUGAUUUAAACACUGCAAAAUGGAAAAUAAAAUCAAUGCUGGGUUCAUCUUCACAAUUUAAGCAAAUCAUUGUAAAGAAAACAAACGUUCCAUAUGAAUUGAGAUUUAUUGACAUCAGAAAUUAUAUAGCGGGUGGGACAUUAGACCAAUUCACUCAAGAUUUCGGAAACAAUAAAUCACGUGUUAAAUCCUUUUUCCCUUAUCAAUUCAUCACAUGGGAAAAUUACGAAGAAGAAUUAUAUAAAGUGGAACCAUUCACUCAAGAUUCAUUUUAUUCAGCAUUAACCCAAGAAACUAUAUCAGAUAGUGAUUAUCAAAUAUAUCUCAAUGAUGCUAAAAAUUUUAAGAAUAGAUUAGAAUAUUUUAUUCAUUAUUGCAAUAAAGAUGUUGAAAUUAUGAUUGACCCAAUUGAUAAAAUUAUUGAAGAAACAUUUGUUUAUAAAAUUGACAUGCUUCAUAAUCUUUCUUUAUCAUCGAGUGCUUCAAUGAUUCGUUACGCUUUAGCAUAUAAAGACUUUAAUCCUAAUGAAAAAUAUCCUGAGGAAGAGAUAGAAUCAAGUUUUGAAUUAACGAAAAA